CCACGCCUUGCAAACCCAUCCCAUCAUAAUUACAUGUAACAUGGGUCCUGGAGUGACAUUUAAUGCUACCUAAAUCCUCAACCUGAGCCUGAUAUUAAAAGUAAUGAAGAAGAGGCAAUCCUCCCAGGCCAUGCAAUUUUCCUCUGUGACGCAGGACGAAGCGGGGGGAAACUGUGGCAAGGGGGAAAACAUGGUUGUUAUAGUUGUUACACUACCUACUUCAAGAACCUGGCCUAGGUUUAAAGAAGAGAAGACAGUAUUUCUAUGCAGUCGCCAUCAAACUGUUCAGACCAAAACAAAAACAUCACGAUGGUACAGUACCUGCUGUGGCGCACGUUGACCAACUGUAACACUGACACCACCCUCUCCUUUCUGGGUUGUUGGCCACACCAAGUUUUCACCAGCUAGACUGUACUUGUGAAGGACAUCACUGAGGUCUGUACACAUUCAGUUUGAUAAUUCAACAUCAAAUACAUUAACUGAGUCACACCAAGUUUUCACUAGCUAGACUGGACCUGUCAAGAAGCCUCGAGGACAUCACUGAGAUCACCACAGUCACUGCAACAUAUAACAAGAAUAUCUAAGAGAGCUAAGUUUGGAAGAGGAGCUAUAGUUCAUUUAUCAAAAGGACAGUUGAUGAUAUGGACAAGCCAAAAAAAUCUUUACGCCGAACAAAUGUUCUCCGCAGCACAUCAGCCGAUUGGUUCUAUGGGAAAAUUUCAAGACAGGAAGCCGAGGAGAAAUUGAAAAUGUGCAGGAAUGGUGAAUUUCUCGUGCGAGAAAGUCGAAACUUCAAAGGCGAUUACACAUUAUCGAUUCAGUAUGCAUCAAAGGUAGAGCACUAUCAUAUCAAGCGAGGAAAGCGCUCGUAUGUCACCAUCGACGAACAUGUUUAUUUUGAAAACAUUGCUAAUCUUGUUGAGCAUUAUCGGCAAGAUGCACAUGGACUGUGCUCACGGUUGAAAGUGCCUGAUGAUUACUGUUCAGUUUUGACUUCUAUUGGUGUUGACGAAUGCCCUGCAAUUGUGCCGCUGAAUUCAAAGCUAUUAGCCAAGGAAGCUGACAUUAGCAGAAAACAAUCCAUAGUGGCCGUUUGGAGAGGGGAGUACCAAGGUACAAGGAUCGCAAUGAGGAGACUUCAGUGCUCUGAGGAAAUUUUGGCAACAUCUGCUCCCAAAAUUCUGAAAGUUGCGACACAUCUUAGCUCACUCCAACAUGGAAAUAUUGUUUCCUUCCUUGGCGCUUCGUUCGAGGACCCCUAUAUCUACCUUGUGACAAUGUAUAUUAUCAAGGGUCCCGUUACUGAUUUUCUAAGAAGUCGUGGGCGGAGAAACAUCACACAACAAAUGCAAAUAGACUUUGUAAAACAAAUCUGCAGUGGAAUGUUCAAUCUAGAGUCUCAAGAUGUUGUUCACAGUAAUCUGGCUGCUCACAAUGUUCUCAUGGAUGACGAUGGAAGUCUGAAAGUUUCAGAUAUUGGCUUUGCACUUAUUGAUGAGGACAUUUUAUCCUUCCCACCGUCCAAAGCUUCUAUCCGUUGGAGAGCGCCAGAGGUUCUCGAUAGCAAGAGAUUUUCGUGUAAAUCAGAUGUGUGGAGUUUUGGGAUUUUACUCUGGGAGAUUUGUUCUUAUGGACGUGUGCCAUACCCUGGAAAAGCAGUCGAGGAGAUACCGCUUAUGAUUGAAAACGGACAGCGGAUGAACCCGCCUGAAGACUGCCCUGAUUGGCUGUGUCACAUGAUGCUACGUACGUGGCAAAGCGAUCCGGUCAGCAGACCUUCUUUCGCAGACAUCCACAGAGAACUUGAAUGCAUAAUAAUGUACUGACAUAAUUAUAGCUAACCCUCAGGAAUUAUGACUUUAAAUAAACAUUUACCACAGUUUCCAUGAUAUAAUUAUUGUUUACUAUAAUUAUGCCUCGAGGCGUAGCCGAACGAGGGAUAUGACACCCCUUUCUUGUGAAACAUAUGCAACUUUGCAAACAUUGCAAAUUAUUCACACUCUAUAA